ACCGCUACAGACAGUCCGUCCGCGCUCACAGAGUCAGAACCGCUACCGCCGCACCUCCUGCAUACAUCGAAACCCGUCUCUCAUUAAUCUCAUAUUCCGAGUGUGUAAUACCGGAGAGAACAAUGAUCUGAAGACAUCUAGACGAAAGAUUCGUGAAUGUAAUUCCAUUACAUUCAUCUAUUAAGCGCGCGUCAACGUCCGCUUUGGUUUUCUCGUCUCCGCAGUCGUCUUCUCUUUAAGAGAUAUACGUGCUCAUGCGAUUCUUCAGACUCACAUUUAAGUGUUUCGUGGAUUGUUUUUGAAGGUGCUGUUUAAAUCCAGUGUCUUUUUUCGUUUGCGACCUAUUAUUUAUUUCUCAAACGCGCAUUUUGAUUAAUAGACCCCAAUACCGUUGCCAAAUUCGCCGAGAAAAUCUCACUGCCAUCCGCUAUAAAGGCUUGACAUUGAGAAGAGGAAAAAUCAUUCUUAAAGAAUAACACUGUUGAUUUUUUAUUAUUAUUAAAAAGGGUAAAGGACCAGAUCCUAACAGGAUCGUCUGACGAACAAAACGGACAUCUUGGUGUGAAUAAGAGACUUAAGAUAAAAUAAUAAGUCAGAGAUAUCAAAUAUUUAUUUUUUGACUGCUGGUUAAAAUCCUUCUGGUGACAAGGUUGAGGGUUGCUUUUGUUUACAAGUGUGAUGGAGAAGACCUCCUUAGACGCAGACUGCUGCGCCCUGAGCGUGGUCCUGGUGGAGGAGAAAAAGGGUCAUCUCAUUCCCAAUGGAAACGCGCAUCAAGGCGUCAAUGGGAACCUCAUCGGAGGGGCCAACGGGGUGCCUAUCUCAGCGUCCACUGGAGUCAUAACAGCUGCGGAGAAAGCAGGUUACCCCGAGCGAGAGACAUGGACCAGACAGAUGGACUUCAUGAUGUCCUGCGUGGGGUUUGCCGUGGGGCUGGGGAACGUCUGGCGCUUCCCGUACCUAUGCUACAAAAAUGGUGGAGGGGUGUUUCUCAUUCCAUAUGUGUUGUUCAUAUUUCUGGGCGGCAUUCCGAUAUUCUUCCUGGAGAUUGCGCUGGGUCAGUUCAUGAAAGCUGGAAGCAUCAACGUGUGGAACAUCGCUCCACUUUUUAAAGGACUUGGUUACGCCUCCAUGGUGAUUGUGUUCUUCUGUAACACGUACUACAUCAUGGUCCUGGCCUGGGGUUUCUAUUACUUCAUAAAGUCCUUCAACGGUACGCUGCCCUGGUCCACCUGCAACAACCCGUGGAACACAGAACAUUGCAUUGAGAUCUUCCACCAUGGCGACUGCCAUAACGGAACCAUUGGCAACUCCUCAUUUGGCAACCUGACAUGCGAGGAGCUCGCAGCGGGCCGUUCGCCUAUCAUUGAAUUUUGGGAGAACAAAGUUCUGAACAUCUCAGAAGGGCUGGAUAAGCCAGGUGCCAUGAACUGGGAGAUGACGCUGUGUCUGCUGGCCGUCUGGGUUAUGGUGUACUUCUGUGUGUGGAAGGGCGUGAAAUCAACUGGAAAGAUUGUAUAUUUUACUGCCACAUUCCCAUAUGUGGUCCUGAUCAUUCUCCUGGUGAGGGGCGUUACUCUGCCCGGCGCCUAUGACGGCAUCAUGUACUAUGUCAAACCUAACUGGUCCAAGCUAGGAGAACCGCAGGUCUGGAUCGAUGCUGGCACGCAAAUCUUUUUCUCGUAAGCUAUCGGCCUCGGGGCUCUCACCGCCCUCGGCAGCUAUAAUCGAUUUAACAACGACUGCUAUAAGGACGCAUUUGUACUGGCUUUUAUCAAUAGUGGCACCAGUUUCUUUGCUGGUUUCGUGGUAUUCUCCAUCCUGGGUUUCAUGGCGUCCGAGCAGGGUGUAGACAUCUCUAAAGUGGCUGAAUCAGGCCCCGGUUUGGCAUUCAUAGCGUACCCGAAAGCCGUGUCUAUGAUGCCCGUGGCUCCGGUCUGGGCCGCCCUGUUCUUCAUCAUGCUGCUACUGCUGGGAUUAGACAGUCAGUUUGUCGGUGUGGAGGGCUUUGUGACUGGCAUUCUUGACCUUUUCCCUGGAACGCGUUACAUGCGCUUUCAGCGUGAAAUCGCGGUGGCGAUCUGCUGUUUAUUGUGCUUCAUCAUUGAUCUCUCCAUGGUUACACAGGGAGGGAUGUACGUCUUCCAGCUUUUUGACUACUACUCAGCCAGUGGAAUGACCCUACUGUGGCAAGCAUUAUGGGAAUGCGUGGUUGUCGCGUGGGUUUAUGGUGCUGACAGGUUCAUGGACGAUAUUGCUCGUAUGAUCGGUUACCGGCCAUUCCCGUGGAUAAAGUGGUGCUGGUCCUUUAUAACUCCAUGUGUUUGCAUGGGCAUCUUCAUAUUUCACCUGCUGAACUACAAGCCUCUGACCUACAACAAUGUGUACGUGUACCCGUGGUGGGGAGAGGUGAUCGGAUGGUGUCUGGCUCUCUCCUCCAUGCUCUGCAUCCCUGUUAGCCUGGUGUACAAGCUCUCGGGAGCCAAGGGAACAUUCAGAGAGCGCUGGGAUAAUCUGACCAAACCAGUGUGGGGGAACCAUCAUCUGGAAUACAUGGCCCCUGACACUGAUAUUAAAAGCCUUGCCUCUCUGUCUCCUGGAACUGAAGAGAACAAGGUGAUCAUUUUCGAGAGUGUUAUGUAAAUACAAAUCAAAGGGAGAGCCUUCAAAACCCCUCCUAAGGCAAGCUGGUUAAAGAAAUCAUCAGUAUUUCACAGAGUUGUGACCAUUUCUACAGUCUUAAUACAAAUGUGUACAUGAUCAGAUUAAUUUAUCCGUUCACCAGUUCAGACUACACACUAAACAAUGUUUUGCACAUACCGUAUCAACACCUGGCUGGGUUAAAUCUGCUUGUCUUUGGAGGGCAAAGUGUCUAACCUGACAACUCAUAGUUUUGUGCCUGGGUUAACCUGGGAGUAGUACAUCAUUUCAAAGAACGGGGCACAAUUCCCACAGGCCGGUUUACUGAACGAAAGGGUCUCUAACUUGAAUGAAAAUUAACCAUGCUUUUACUACAAAAAAAAAAUGCUUACUAUAUUUAAACCAUGGUAACCACAAAUUAACCACGGUUUUACUACAAUAACCAUAGUUUAUACGAAAAAUCGUGUUUAUACAAAUGUGACCCUGGAUCAGAAAACCUUAAGUAACCGUCUUAAGUAGCACGGGAACAUUUUUAGUAAAAGACAAAAAUACAUUGUGUGGGUCAAAAUGAUCGAUUUUUCUUUUGUCAAAAAUCAUUAGGAUAUUAAGUAAAGAUCAUGUUCCAUGAAGAUAUUUUGUAAAUUUCCUACCUUAAAUAUAUCAAAACUUUAUUUUUGUGAGUGGAUGGUCUGCCACAGUGCCCCUGAUUAACAACUUCAAAGGCGAUUUUCUCAAUAUUUUGAUUUUUUUGCGCUCUCAGAUUCCAGAUUUUAAACGGUUGUAUCUCAGCCAGAUAUUGUCCUAUUCUAACAACUCAUAUAUCUAUAGAAAGUUGAUUUAUUCAGCUUUCAGAUUAUGUAAAAAUCUCAAUUUCGAAAAAUUGACCCAUAAGACUGGUUUUCUUGUCCAGGGUCACAAAUGGUAAUCGAUACACCAAAAGUACGAUUGCUUUACUUUUACUAUAAUAAAAUCAUGGUUAAUUUUCAUACGGGUUUGCAUUGACAAAUAUCAAACAAAUCCUGACCAGAAUCACACACUUAAAAUGACAAAGUGUUCAAAUGACCUGCAAAUGUUUUUAAAAUAUAACAACAUCCAAAUGACUCAAAGGACUACAAUCUUAUGGAGAUGAAAUCUUAUCAACUAAAAUAAUGUAUUGCAAUAAACAAAUAUGAAACAUAUACUUACAGUAUAGACACAUUUUACUGAUCAUUCAAAAGAGAAUCUAAAAACGUUGAACUGAAUGUGUCAUUGCAGAUUUACGGCCACCGGUAGCUGCCAAACGCUGAAAAUAAAUUCUUGUAAAGUUUCAGCUUUUGCAUGAUGCGUCUUCAUUUAAGACAGGUGACCUUAAUACUCGCAAGAUAACGUCGUGUGCCAAACAGAGCAAGAUUUCCAUCUCUGUCUGCAGAAGAUGGUUUUGGUUGCCAUAAGAAAAUGAGUAAUAUUAAAUCUACCUAGUGAUUUGUGUCUGGAAACCUCUAGAGAGUAUUGUAGACAUGACGGGAACGUUUAAAAAAGAAAAGUGGCACUUUCUUAAGGUGCUUGUAAACCAAAAGUUGCAUCAAGUUUGGGCUCAAUAUUUUGAAUUUAAGUGCCAGUAUUAUGAUGUUUUCUGCUAUUUUUGUAGGAUUUGAAAUGUUAGUUUAAAAAGAACAAUGCAAACAAAACCAAAAAAAAGAUGUUAAUGUGUAGCUUUAAGUAACCGUAAUUAAAAUAUUUCACGGUUUAAAAGCAGAUUGUCUUGUCUCGACUUGAAAGAAACAAACCCCAUUAAAAAUGUUAACAAUUUGACAAAGUCAAAAAUAUCUUUCGUAGAAACAGCAAGGUAUUAUUAGUAGUAGUAAUAUUAUUAUUAUUUUUGCCAAUGCUCAACACAAGAGACGUACUGCUGUAAUGCCUGUGAUUGUGUUUUCAUUGCACAAGAGGUACAUUUUAGGAUUGACACAUUGCCAAACUCUGCCUUUAAUUGUCUUAAAUUGAGAAGUCAUCCAUCAAUAGCCAAAGUGUCCCAAAAACCCCCGCCUCAUUGUGACCUGUGGGAAUUCUGCCCUUUAGAAAUAUCACUUUGUUCACUAAAUCAUCGUGACAUCGUAGAUGUAAUAAGAAUGUACAAAUUAGACGACAUAACAUAAGGCUUCAGAAUACAUUUGCACAUUGUUGUAAAAUAAUCUGCUAGCACUUUUUGAUCGUGUUAGAAUGAGUGUUCUCGUUGUUUAUUUGUUUUAUUUGACAUACUGUAAAAUAAAUCAGAGAUUUAUUUUGUGAAGGCUUUUAUUUUGCUUAUAUGCAUAUGAAUACCUAUUGAAUAUAUGUGUGGUCUAUUUGAAAUGUUUGAAGCUGUAUGUACUUUUGAUAAAGAUUGAAGUAUGGAGUGGGAAAUCUUCUUGAAAAGCUGCAAUGCAGUUGCAGAACGAGUGUGAGAUAGCACAUGAAAUGAGUUUAUUUUAAAUAAAGUGCUACAGGUGUUAAAUGUUUUAGAAUGUGUGUGUAAAACUCCAGUAUUUUUUGCCGACCACCUAGAAUCCAGCUCGGUUUGGUUCAUAAAGAGAAGACUUUGCACCAUUAUUUCACUUGUGUCUGUGAUUUUAUGAAAGAGAAUUUGAUCAAAAAAGAACAAUUCAAUAUUCUUAAAUUUCCAUUAUUCUUUUCCAAAGUAUUACCCGCAAUGUCAUUCAAUCUUAAAAAGAUUGACAGCUGCCCAUUUGAUGAGAAUAAAGUGCUCCUUUUACGUAGAUCUAAGGAAAGACGAGACUUUCUUGACUACAUUGGACAAUUUCGAGAUAAUCGUCAUUACCAGCAGCCUUAACAUUUUUAUUCUAAUGUGACUUGAACCAAACUGCAAACAAAGCAAAAUGAAGGACAGAUGGCGACGAUUUCAACCAAGUUCAAAGUGAUCCUCAAUCUUCAUUUUUUCCCCAUCCAAACACGAGCUUGGGUUGGUCAAUAGAUCAGUUAUUAUAUAGUGAUCAUGUGUAGAAAUGUUUAUGUAGAAAAAAUUGUUAACAAAAGAAGAAAAAAUGUUUUGUCAUUUUAUGUGCUCUGCCAAAUUCCUUCUCGACAGUAUCUUUGCACUAAAGGUUCAUUGAAUGUGGCUGGUCGAGAUGUACGGAGCAAAAUCUACAUAGAGGAAAGGGAACGAGAAGCACUGUAAUAUAAAAUGACCUUCAGUUCAGAAUGCAGUACAGAUAUUUCUGGAUCUAUGUUUACAUGGACUCAAUUAGACUCAGUUCCUAGCAAGAUUUCCAAAAACGGAUUUGGAGAAAAUGUUGUAGUUUAAGAGCAGAUGGGUUAUGUUUAAAAGCAGCCCCUGACGAAAGAAAGAAACUUUUUGGGUGAGGAUACUGUCCUGAAAUAUUCUCACUGAUGACCUGGUGAUUAGAUCAUUGACCUCUUUCAUUCCUGCGGUAAACUGUAACGUAACCAUGGAUUUCCAUUUUUCACUGUAGUCAUAAUGCAGCUAAUGUGACUGUAGAGUAAAUGUGAGUGGUCCAUCUAACAGUAUCCCUCUCAAUGUCAGAAGGGCAUCGAUGCUGAACACCACUGUGAUGUCGUGCUAAUCCACCUGCCCCAAAUCAAAGCAACAAAUGGCAAUAAACUAACUCCAUGAACAAUGUCUCGUUCUUUUUU